AUAUUACUAAUAAAACACACUCUACUUUCCAUUUCCGUCUCAACCAUCAACAUGAUCUUUCUUCUUUCAUUGUUGUUGGGUCAAUAAAACUGAAACAAUUACAUAUUCGAUUUUACUCCACUCUUGUCGGAUACUCCUUAGGCACCAAGUUCUCUUUGUCUAAUUUUCAUUCAUCAAUUGAUAAACUCGAUCCCGUAAAUUAUCUUCAACAAUGAAACAUCUGAUGAAAACAAUAAUUACCCAGUCGAUAAUCAUAACCAUAGGGCACCACUAUUGUUUUUUUAAAAAAAGUUUAAUAUAUAAAGCAUGUAACUUCUCCGACAUGUUGAAGAAUUUUUAAAAGUUAUUAUACUUCUUUUUUAUUACUGCAAAAAACAAACAAAAGAAAAAAUGAUUUUUGAUCUUUUGACUGCGAUUUCAAUUAUAAUUGCAUUAGUUAAUGCUGAAGCAUUCCCUGCUUCUCCAGAUUAUACUACUGAUGCCAAUCCUCAAUUACCAGCUAUAACUUUCCAACCUGUUAAUUAUACUUUCCCAGAUUGUCAAAAUGGUCCAUUAAAGAAUAAUUUAGUGUGUAACCCUGCUGCUAAUUAUUUAGAUCGUGCUAAAGCUUUAAUUAGUGAAUUUACCGUUGAAGAAUUAUAUAAUAAUACUGGUAAUACUUCCCCAGGGGUUCCAAGAUUAGGUAUUCCAGCUUAUCAAUGGUGGACUGAAGGUCUUCAUGGUAUUGCGUCUUCUCCAGGUCUUCAAUAUGCUGCAAAUGGUGAAUUUAUUUAUUCAACUUCUUUCCCUCAACCAAUUUUAAUGAGUGCUGGUUUUGAUGAUCCAUUAAUUUAUCAAGUUGCCAGUACUAUUUCAACUGAAGGUAGAGCUUUUAAUAACCAUGGUAGAUCAGGUUUAGAUUAUUGGACUCCAAAUAUUAAUCCAUUCAGAGAUCAAAGAUGGGGUAGAGGACAAGAAACUCCAGGUGAAGAUCCUUAUAGAAUUGCUCAAUAUGUCUAUAAUUUAAUUAAUGGUUUACAAGGUGGAAUUGGUCAACAAAGUCUUAAAGUUGCUGCUACUUGUAAACAUUUCUUCGGUUAUGAUAUUGAAAGUUGGGAAGGUCAUUCAAGAUUGGGUUAUGAUGCUAUUAUUCCUGAUCAAGAUAUUGCUGAUUUCUAUCUUGUUCCAUUCCAAAGUUGUGUUAGAGAUGCAAAUGUUGCCAGUACUAUGUGUUCUUAUAAUGCUGUUAAUGGUGUUCCAUCUUGUGCCAAUCAACCAUUCUUACAAAAUGUUAUUAGAGAUUAUUAUGGUUUAGGUGAAGGUGUUAUCGUUUCUGAUUGUGAUGCUAUUUACAAUAUUUGGAAUCCUCAUUAUUAUGCUGAUACACCAGCUGGUGCUGCCGCUGCCGCUUUAAAAGCCGGUGUUGAUGUUAAUUGUGGUAACACUUAUCAAUUAUACUUAGGUGAAGCUUAUAGUAAUGGUACUGUUACUGAACAAGAAUUACAAACCGCUUUAACUCAUCAAUAUGCUACUUUGAUUAGAUUAGGUUAUUUCGAUCCUGCUCAAACUCAACCAUACAGAUACUUAGGAUGGAAUGAUGUUAGCACUCCAUAUGCUGAAACCUUAGCUUAUCAAGCUGCUGUUGAAGGUAUCACUCUUUUAAAGAAUGAUGGUACUUUACCAUUUGCUAAAUCAGUUAAAAAAUUAGCUUUAAUUGGUCCAUGGGCUAAUGCUACCACUCAAAUGCAAGGUAAUUAUGCUGGUGUAGCUCCAUAUUUAAUUUCUCCAGUUCAAGGUGCUCAACAAGCUGGUUAUGAAGUCACUUACACUAUUGGUACUCAAAUUAAUACUACUUCUACAGAUGGAUAUGCUGCUGCUCUUGCUAAUGCUAAAGAUGCUGAUGCUAUUGUUUAUAUUGGUGGUAUUGAUGAAACUAUUGAAGCUGAAGCUAUGGAUAGAGAAACUAUUGUCUGGCCAGGUAAUCAAUUAGAUUUAAUUUCUCAAUUAUCUGCUCUUGGUAAACCAUUAGUAGUCUUACAAAUGGGUGGUGGUCAAGUUGAUGAUACUGCUUUGAAGACCAAUAACAAUGUCAAUUCUCUUCUUUGGGGUGGUUAUCCAGGUCAAAGUGGUGGUAAGGCUAUUUUUGAUAUUCUUCGUGGUAACGUUGCACCAGCUGGUAGAUUACCUUCAACUCAAUAUCCUGCUGAUUACGUAAACCAAGUUCCAAUGACCGAUAUGACUCUUAGACCAAGUGCUACUAACCCAGGUAGAACUUAUAUGUGGUAUACUGGUACUCCAGUUUAUGAAUUUGGUUAUGGUUUACAUUACACUAAUUUCACCGCUCAACUUUUAAGCCCAAAUAAACAACAAUUUAAUAUUGGAACUUUGAUUCAAGCCUCAAAAUUCCAUUACCAAUUUGCUGAUCAAGCAGUUGUUACUGAAUUUGCUGUUGAAGUUGCUAAUACCGGUAAAGUCACAUCCGAUUACUCAACUUUAUUAUUUGUUCAAAGUCAAAAUGGUCCAGGUCCUUAUAAGAAUAAAUCAUUAGUUUCUUACAGUAGAUUACAUAAUCUUUUCCCAGGUGCAAGACAAACUGCUGUAUUGCCAGUUACUUUAGGUUCAUUAUCUACUGUUGAUACUCAAGGUAAUAGAUAUAUCUAUCCAGGUACUUACAACUUCACUGUUGAUGUUGAUGUUAAGACUACUUUCCAAAUUGAACUUACUGGUCAAGCCACUUUAAUUGAAGAAUUCCCUGUUAAUGCUAAUUAGGUGAUUAAUUGUUGCUUUUUAUAUUUUUUUAAUUGAUUUUUACAUUGCAAAAGUUUAAUAAUCAUACGUUGUUCAUUGUUUGUUUUCAAUUCCAAAUUCCAAAUUUUCCAUUCUUCAUCCAAGUUCGAUACUUAAUUUAAAUAUUUUCGUUUUAUGACUAGUUUAUCUUCUUUAUUUUUUUUAUCUAUAGUCUUGAAGGUGUAUAGUUAUU